CCUAUCAACAGUAACUAAUUGGCAAGAGGCCUUCCUCUUGUAUUGCCAAACCUAUAUAAAGCUGGAAAAUGAGGCAUCUCUCUCAUUCCUGCCAAGAGGAAGAGGAUUCAAGAAAUCUUUCCUUACCAGAAGCGUGAAGUAAGAUGGCACAGUUUGAUGCAGGUCAUGUGGUGAUAAUGUCCCAGCCUACCCCUGCCAGGCAAAACAACUGGGGCUCUGGACUGUGCGACUGUUUCGAUGAUAUGGGAGUAUGUUGCUGUGGGUUGUUCUGUACAAUUUGCCUUGGCUGUCAGGUUGCAGGGGACAUGAACGAGUGUUGUCUCUGUGGGACUUCCAUGGCUAUGAGAACCCUCAUCAGGACAAAGUACUUCAUAACUGGAAGUCUCUGUAAUGAUUGGCUGGUAUCCAUGUGUUGCCUCCAGUGUUCUCUCUGCCAACUUAAAAGGGAACUAAACAGUCAUCACUGAUAUGAUCAGUGUUCAUCGCACAUACAUUGCAUUUCAUGUGGGAUAUCAUUGGCAGACCAACUGAAAUGACCAGAAUGACGAAUAUAAAGAGGAUUCAUUGAUAUUGUAUGUGUUGAAUGUCACUGGCUCCAAUUCAUGGAUUCUUCAGAAGAGAAAUGUCUUUAGCAAUGUACUGUCUCCCUUUCAGCCUGAAAAACUGGUCUAUCUUCAUAAUGGCAUCACUAGAAUACAUAAAAAAAUAUAUGGGCCUCUAUUGUGUACUUUCACCAUUUUCUGAUAUUCGUUAAUCUGCUGUAUUUUUGCAUUUAAAUAAAAAAUAGGAGCUUGCAUCCUCUUAUAUUUAAUUGAUUGAAAGGUAUUGCAUGGAACAGGCCCUUCAGCCUACCACGUGCACGCUGACCAUCGAUCGCCCGUUCACACAAGUUCUACGCUAUCCCACUUUUGCAUCCACUCUCUACACAAUAAAACCAAUUUUACAGUGAGCAAUUAACCUGCAAACCCACAUAAAAUUUCCGAUUUGGGAAUGGGAGGAAAUCGGAGCACCUGGAGGAAACCCUCACAGUCACAGGGAGAAGAUGUAAACUCCACACAGAUAGCAUCGAGGUCAGGAUCAAGCCCAGGUAUCUCUGGCGCUGUGAGGCAGCAGCUCUACCUUAAUGCACUUCUGCUCAGUAACCUUUCAAUAGUAGGUUAUUCUAUGCCGACAUCAGAAAUAGUUCCCCUCCACCAACACACUAAUCCAUCCGCCUACCUGGACUUGUUCUCACAUUAAACAAUACUGCAGAUGCUGGUUGAUGCUGAUGACGAGUCCUGAAGUGAAACAUCAAGUAUCCAUGAUCUCUAGAGAAGUUGCGUGUCCGGCUUAGUUACUCCAGUACUUUGUUUCCUCACAUCUAAUAACUUCUCCUUCAACUCCACACGUUCUCCCCAGAUCAAAGAUGAUGGGCACUCACAUUGAUGAUUCAUGGGGAAGAAAGUAUAACUACGAGGAAUUUCUUCUUUAAGGCUGUUUGUAGCACACGUACAGGUUACUCCCUUGCUCCAGUGGAGGUGCAGAGGAAUCAAUAAAUGUUUGAUGUUGUAAUGUCAUGUAAAAUGUUAGAGCAAAGGCAAAGAUGCAGAAAAGGACACAGUGCUGGAGUAACUCCGCAGGUCAGGCAGCAUCUCUGGAAAGCAUAGAUUGGUGACAUUUCGGCUUGGGAACUUUCUUCAGAUACCAUUAGUCUGAAGAAGGGCCCCGACCCAAAACUUCACCUACUCAUGUUCGCCAGAGAUGCUGCCUCAGUUACUCUAGCAUUUUGUGUCAUUUUUGUAAACAUCUGCAGUUCCUUAUUUUUACUAUAGCAAAAAUCCUACUGAACUCUUCAAUGUUCCUUUCUGCUGACGACUUCUUGUCCUUACUUUAAACAUCCUUGGCAAUUCCAGCCUGAAAUUGUGCAAUGUCUGUAAAUCUCUACUUGGACAUUUGUACAAGUUGGUUCGUGCUCACAGACUGAGUUCUUCGUCCUGGUUCAGUAAUGUAUCUCACAAGUCAAUAACUUACUGUGGCUGUGACAUGGAAAUCCUCAGCUACACGUUGCAGUGUGAAAAUUAGAUUAGUUUGUGUGAUGAUCCGAAAGGAAAGUGGUUCAAUUAAUAAUAUUCAAUCAGCUGUGGCACCAAAUUCACCCCCUCUUCACAAUCUGGAAGCCACAAUUGACUCGAGAUUGCCAAUAGUGUUCAAUGGCAAAUAAAACAAAGUGUUCCCAGCAGAACUGAUGGCAUUUCUUCACCCCUAAUAAAAUUGUUAGUGAACCUUUCUCAAUUUGUGUGCAGUAUUCUUUGUUUCACAUGAAUAGGUUGGGAUAUGGAUCACAUGCAAUCUGAAGAGAUA